UUUUUUUUGGUUUAGGGUGAAGAACGGAUUAUUAUAAAAGUUGAGGUUAAAGAGGAAGAAGAAGAGACGUAUGUGGGGGGUGAUCAGCCAUUCACGGAGGAGGUUGGGAUGAUUAUAAAGAGUGAACAGGAUGAAGUGUCUCUACUCAUCAAUACACAUGGAUGUGAUGUGAGGAAUUCCUCGGAGAGACAUCUUCUAUUGUCUGCUGAUUGUAAGUCAGAAGAUAAUGUCAUCACACAGGAUCCUCCAGGAGGAAAUCCAAAUACACAAAAUAUACAUCACAGACCUUCCUGUCCGGAGACAUCAAUGGAUCCCUCUGAUCAGGGAGAAUCUUCUCAUCAAUCACAUACUAUGAUUGUAAAUAUCCAUGUAAGAUCUCACACUGCAGAUAGAUCAACAGAUCCUUCUAAUCCAGAGGAAUCUUUCUCAUCCCAUCAAGGAGAUCACCGAGGUCAGAAUCUAUUCUCAUGUUCAGUGUGCGGGAAAUGUUUCACUCAGAAAGGCUCACUUGUUUUACACCAGAGAAUUCACAAGGAUGAGCGUCCUUAUUCAUGUACAGAGUGCGGGAAAUCUUUCAUUGGCAAAGGAGACCUUGGUAAACACCAGAGAAUUCACACGGGUGAGCGUCCCUAUUCUUGUUCAGAGUGCGGGAAAUCUUUCACUUUGAAAGAAAACCUUACAAAGCACCAGAGAAGUCACACGGGUGAGCGUCCCUAUUCAUGUUCAGAGUGCGGCAAAUCUUUCAACAAGAAAGAUAAUCUUUCUAGACACCAGAAAAAUCACACAUGUGAACGUCCUUAUUCAUAUUCAGAGUGUGGAAAACCUUUCACUUUGAAAGUAAACCUUAUGAAACACCAGAGAAGUCCCACAGGAGAGCGUCCCUAUUCAUGUUCAGAGUGUGGGAAAACGUUUAUUCAAAAAAGCGCCCUUGUUGAACACCAGAGAAUACAUACGGGUGAGCGUCCUUAUUCAUGUUCAGAGUGCGGGAAGUCUUUCACACGGAAGGGAAACCUUGUUGCACACGAGAGAAUUCACACAGGGGAGCAUCCCUAUUCAUGUUCAGAGUGCGGGAAAUCUUUUACUCAUCAAGGAGACCUUGUUAGACACCAGAGAAUUCACAAGGGUGAGCGUCCUUAUUCAUGUUCACAGUGCGGAAAAUCAUUCACACAGAACGGAAACUUAGUUGAACACCUGAGAAUUCACACGGGUGAGCGUCCUUAUUCAUGUACUGAGUGCGGGAAAUCUUUCAUUCAGAGAGGAGCCCUUGUUACACAUCAGAGAAGACACGUCGCAAAACGUUCUCAAUGCAAUCAGACUGCAGGAAAUAAUUAGACAUCAAAGGCACGUUCCUAUUCUUUUGACAAAUGUCCGAUGGUUGUUACUGGUGGAACUGUUUCAUCCAUCAAACAACAAUAGGAAAAAACGAUUAUUUAGAUAAAGGAGGAAUCUUCGGAAACGUUAUUAUAAAUUUGUAUGAGGAGUUUUGGUGGCCCGAGUCUUUUCUUGGCUUCUCGUAUUUCUUG